AUGCUCACUAGGGCGUGGACCCGCGGUUUUGCAGAUGCUGCCAAGAAAAAGCCGCGGAUUGCCCUCAAAGACGGCCCGUCCCUUCAGGACUUUGUGUCUUCAGGUAAAAACUCAUUUUUCUACCGGUUUCUAUUGAUUUUUGUUCAGCCUCUGUUGCGGAAGCCGUUGAAAAGUUCGAAGGGAAGCUGAAGCUUGAGAAAGGCGACAGAAGACUUCGAUUGCCGCCGUGGCUCAAGAAGGAAAAGGUAAAUCAAUUUUCUUGUUGAUUUUGUAUAAUUUCUGUAGUUUUUAGAUUCUGCCAUCGGAAAAUGAGAAUGUGAGCCGUCUGAAAAAGCAGUUGAAGCAUCUGAAGUUGGCGACAGUUUGCCAAGAAGCGAGGUGUCCAAAUCUAGGAGAAUGCUGGGGAGGAUCAGAGGACAGUCUCGCGACAGCGACAAUUAUGCUGAUGGGCGACACUUGUACCCGUGGAUGCAAAUUCUGCUCGGUUAAAACUGCUCGUGCUCCGCCACCUCUGGAUCCCAUGGAGCCUGAAAACACCUCCACCGCUGUCGCUUCUUGGGGAGUCGAGUACAUCGUUCUCACUUCUGUUGACAGGUAAUUUCAGAGUUCCAUAUUUGUAAUCUCAUUAUUCGUUUUCAGAGAUGACCUACCAGACGGAGGAGCCGAUCAUCUUCGGAAGACAGUCCAACUUAUGAAGCUGAAGAAACCGGAAUUGCUCAUCGAGUGCUUACUGCCAGACUUCGCCGGGGAUAAAUUUAGUAUCGAAAAGCUAGCAACAAGUGGACUUGACGUGUAUGCACAUAACAUUGAAACUGUGGAAAGCCUCACGCCGUGGGUUAGGGAUCCUCGAGCCAAGUACAGACAAUCUCUUGAAGGUAGAUCAAUGUGCUAUUUUUGUAGGUACUCACGUUUUCUUUUUAGCACUCCGAUACGCCAAAGACGUCAGUCCCAAGCUGAUAACGAAAACGUCCAUCAUGCUCGGUCUCGGAGAGAAAGAGGAGGAGAUCAAGCAGUGUUUGGAUGACCUCCGAGCUAGCAGCGUUGAUGUUGUGACGUUCGGACAGUACAUGCAGCCAACAAAACGGCAUUUAUUGGUCAAAGAAUGGGUCACACCUGAAAAGUUCGACGAGUGGGCAGAGUACUCCAAGAAGCUUGGUUUCCUCUAUGUUGCUUCCGGACCGCUCGUUCGGUCAUCGUACAAGGCCGGAGAAUUUUACCUGAAAAACGUGUUGAGAAAUAGACAAAAAUAG